GAUCAAAACACAAGAAGCUCAGUCCUCACUGUGAAGCGGCACAAUCUGCCACUACAAAACAGGGCAUGGAUAUUGGAGGACUUGAUCAUCGAUGGAAGAUAGACUAAAGAAACUGAUACGGUGCAAAUGGGUGUCUACGGUGGCGAGCACUUCGAUACAGUGCACCAGCGGCGCCCUCUACACCUUCUCCGUCUACUCUCAGACCCUCAAGACUACACAAGGCUAUGAUCAGUCAACUCUGGACACUGUUUCUGUGUUCAAGGACUUUGGAGCUAACUGUGGGAUUCUGUCUGGUCUUCUCUAUUCUUAUAGUGUUUCAUGGGGUGGGCCUUGGGUGGUUCUCCUGGCCGGCGCAGUACAGUGUUUUUUAGGGCACUUUCUGAUGUGGGCCGCCGUGGUUGGACUUAUUCCCCGGCCUCCGGUGCCGGUGAUGUGUCUUUUCAUGUUGUUGGCUGCACAUGCUCAGUCGUUCUUCAACACUCCUAAUGUGGUCACUGGUGUUAGGAACUUUCCUAACUACAAAGGCACCAUUGUUGGUAUCAUGAAGGGAUUUCUUGGUUUGAGUGGGGCAAUAAUAAUCCAAACAUACCAGAUGUGUAUGUACAAAAAGACCACUUCGUUUCUUCUGAUGCUAUCACUGCUGCCUCCGAUAAAUACUUUGCUGCUUAUGUGGUUUGUGAGAUUCAACAACAAGAAGGAAGGAAACGAGAAGCAACAUCUGGAUAGUCUUUCGAUGAUUGCUCUGGUUGUUGCUGCUUAUGUUAUGGCCAAUACACUAUUAGAGAACUUUAUAAGUGUGCCAUUAGUCAUACGUGUAGUUGGUUUUGUUGUACUUGUACUGCUGCUUGCCUCACCUCUUUGUGUUGUAAUCAGAGCACAUCAAGGGGAGUUGGAUAGUGUCUCAGAGCCUUUGUUGACUGAGGGUGACCGUUUAGAAGAUGGUAAUGAUCAAAGGAGUUUGCGAUGUGAUGUACAUCUGAAUCUGUUACAAGCAAUAUGCACUAUAGACUUCUGGUUGUUGUUUAUUGCCAUGGCAUGUGGAAUGGGGUCGGGACUCGCUGUGGUUAAUAAUCUCAAUCAAAUAGGACGAUCGCUUGGUUACAUAAACUUUGAAAUAAGUACUUUGGUUGCUUUGCUGAGCAUAUGGAAUUUCCUUGGUCGUUUAGGAGCUGGAUAUAUAUCAGAUCAUUUCCUGCAUCGGAGAGGAUGGGCAAGGCCAUUGUUCAUGGUCAUCACUCUAGCAUCCAUGAGCAUUGGUCAUCUGGUGAUCGCUUCUGGUGUGCGCGGCGCUCUCUAUGCUGGAUCUGUAUUGGUGGGUGUUUGUUACGGUUCUCAAUGGUCACUAAUGCCAACAAUCACUCCUGAGAUAUUUGGUGUGCUACAUAUGGGGACAAUCUUCAAUGCCAUUACCAUAGCCGGUCCUGUUGGUUCUUAUAUCUUUUCUGUGAGAGUGAUCGGAUAUAUUUAUGACAAGGAAGCAUCAAAACCAGCGAAUACAUGCUUUGGAACUCAUUGCUUUUUGUUAUCAUUCCUUGUUAUGGCAGCUGCUACCCUCGUUGGGGCUCUAGCUGCCUUGGCAUUGUUCUUUCGGACAAGAAGAUUCUAUAGUCAGGACAUUGAUGGAAUCCUUAACAGAUAGAUAAUUGUUUCCUGCUGCAUAUCCAGCAUCCAAGUCCUGUAAUUUAGUAGACCAAUAUAUUAGUGUCUUUGUUUGAGAAGCAAAGCUGCAAUGGAUCCUGAUUAUAAUUGUUGUAAUAAUCAGGAUGCUGUAAUGAAUUUAGAGCUCGUAUGGACCAUAAGACAUUACGUCAGUAUCU